AUGAGCGUAUUUGACCGCCUGUCACCUUUAAUCCCUCGUCUGUCGGCGUCCUCCAAACUAGCGAAAGAUCAUCCUCAUCUUCCUCAUCCUACGCACCUUUCUUCCGCUCCUUUGUCUGCUCCCCUGAAAAGGAAAGGAGUUGACAUGCCUUCGUAUAGGCUCGAGGGUGUCACCUACGGAAGAAAUCAAAAGAAGCUCUCGGGCGCUGACAGCUCCACAUGUUUUGGCCCUGCUUGCUCAUCACCGUGUCCUCCUUCGAGUAAACACGGCCAGCAUCUGCAGAGGAAUGAGGGUAGAAUAACUGUAAAACGUCCUGCAACGACUUCCGUUUCCUUUUCGGCAAAGACGAACACCUCCACUUCUGAUGGUCUUCAACUAAAAACGAGCCUUUCACGUCUUUCCCAUGUUCCCUACGCAUUACAGGACCAGAUUGAGCCCCAAUCCAGGAGGGAUAGGCUUGAUCAGAAAGAGUCGUGGGACUUUUCCAAUCGAGCCCAAUUGUUGCAGUGUUCUUCUCAGCCUGGAUAUGAAAAAAUGCACUCUGAGAACCAAGCAGCUGGACAGAUGACUCCUGAAAAGUCUGAGGCCAGCGGUGAGGCCUGGAGAACACGCUGGAGAGAGGAUCCCUGCAUCACUCACCUCAGGUGGCAUCCUGAAGAAGAUAAUAAAAAUAUAUUAUACAACACAAAAGUCAAGGCUGAAUCCAUAGAGAAGCAAAGAUUCUGGUCGAAGCCUCAGAUGGAUGUUGCGGUUGAACAGGAAUGCAGCAGUUACUCAAGGGACAAGGCUGGAACAACGCAGGCUCCCUGGUGGACAUACGGAGGAACAACAUUUAAGACAUACCUGGUGCAUCCUUCGCAAACAUCACCUGUAUCGCACAGUGGAAUCGCAUCAACAACUGUCGAUGAAGUUAAUGACUUUCUAAAAGGAGCCAACAGUCUUGAAGCUACCACCAAAUUGCGACAACAUCCCUCGAACCUCGAUGAGGAGCUUUUUGAUGGGCCGUCUGCACCCGAAUGUUCAAAAACGACUCCAAAAAGGCUUCCAGUCGAGGAACCAGAUGAUCCCUAUUACGUCAGCAUUUAUUUCCCAGUUUCAGUUUAUGAAGACAUGUCGGACAUAGUUCCUCCAGAAGUGAGACCCAAACCGGCCGUCCCCGCUAAACCCCCCAAUGUGGGCACUCCCUCCCCCUCCAACCCCUUCCCGCCACAGGGCAUGGGUGGCGUGGGUGGAGUAUCCGCGCCGGCUCCCAGUGCCAUCCCCGUGCCCAUCGGGAGUCACGCCCCGAGCCUCGGGGGCUCUCAUGCCAUUGGUCACGGUGUAGGCCACAGUGUGAGCCACGGUGCGGGUCAUGCUGCAGCCCACCUUGGGGGCCACGGUCACAGCACCUCCAACAGCACCAGCGGGGGGUCCACUUUGCUGGGGUACAUCGGGAUUGACACCAUCAUCGAACAGAUGAGGAAGAAGACAAUGAAGACGGGCUUUGAUUUUAACAUCAUGGUUGUCGGUCACAGCGGUCUGGGCAAGUCAACUCUGGUGAACACCUUAUUUAAGUCGCAGGUGAGCAGGAGGAGUGCUGGAUGGUCCCGCGAUGACAAGAUCCCCAAAACUGUCGAGAUUAAAUCUGUGUCUCACGUUAUUGAGGAGGGCGGCGUGAAAAUGAAGCUGACUGUUGUCGACACCCCGGGCUUUGGGGAUCUAAUCAAUAAUGACAACUGCUGGGAGCCCAUCUGCAAGUAUAUCAAUGAGCAGUAUGAAAAGUUCCUCAAAGAGGAGGUGAAUAUCACCAGAAAGAAGCGCAUCCCAGAUACCAGAGUGCACUGCUGUCUCUAUUUCAUCUCCCCGACUGGACACUCACUACGGCAGCUCGACGUGGAGUUCAUGAAGCGCUUGAGUCACUCCGUCAACAUCAUCCCUGUGAUAGCCAAGGCUGAUACCAUGACGCCCGACGAGAGACAGGAGUUCAAACAACGGGUGAAAAAAGAACUGGAGAUGAACGGCAUAGAGUUUUACCCGCAGAAAGAGUUUGACGAGGAUAUGGAGGACAAGAGUGACAACGACAAGAUCAGGGAGGCGAUGCCCUUUGCUGUGGUGGGCAGCGACAAAGAAUAUCAAGUGAAUGGCAAGCGAGUUUUGGGGAGGAAGACCGCAUGGGGAGUUGUCGAAGUUGAAAAUAGGACUCAUUGUGAGUUUGCCCAGCUUAGAGACUUCAUCAUCAGGUCUCAUUUGCAGGAUCUGAAGGAGGUCACUCAUAACAUUCACUACGAAACAUACCGUGCCAAAAGACUCCAUGAGAAUGGAGGCCUGCACCCCGUUGACACCCAGGAAAGCAACCUGUAAUCAGUCAGCGUUGUCGUACAACUUCGGUGAUGCCGACAGAUAUGCUCGACAUUAUAUGCUCAUGACUGGCAUCGCUGCAUGCUUGAAACACACCUCAAUGUGUACAUAUCAGUGUCAUUUAAUUGUUAAUUUUUCGAUAACCACCCCUUGCUAGUCAAAGUAAGUCAAUAUUUGGGUGUACCACCCAUUGUCUUGGUGCCAUGAUACAAAAGACUGCCAAUGCUGGGAUGAUGUUUGUGGGUUAGUCUGAGCUGAGGAGGAGUCCCAGCAACUUUGUUGAAGUUUUGUCUUUAUUUUGGGUUUAGUACAUACUGUAGGUGUUGUAACUGAUGGACAUAUAGGCUCGUUUGAUUAAUCACAAUUGGCAUUCAUGUGUGUCUCGCAUAGAAAAACAAAAUCUAAUUUAUCAUUUUUAAUUUCAAAACACUUUACAGGUACAAAACUGCAGUUUAACAUAUGUACGCUAUCCAGACAAAUCAACAAGAAGAGCACAAAUGUGUGCCAGGGUUACAUAACAACAGCAUAAUGUUUAACUCCGUCUCAUAGGUGUUUAGUACCCAGCUGGCACGAGACGAGGCCUAUUUAUUUCAUUUAAAGCCUACCUGUAUGUAGCAGAAAAAGACCAAUUGUGACGUCAUUCACUUGACAUACUCAUCUCUACCACUUGGUGGCAGCACUCUUCUCCAUGAUAUCUCUGGAUCCUCGCAAGAAAUUUCGCAAGGUUUUUGUUUGGGCGCGGGCGGGGUCGUUUUUGCCAAUAGUUUUUUGUUUAAAAAUAAGUCCAAAAGGUCACAAUUAAUCAUUAUUAAGUUAUACUUAACCAUAUAUCGCUUGGGGUUUAAAAGUAUGACUCAACAUGACUUCUCACUCUGUUACCGGUAAGUGUUCUUGCUGUGAGUACACAAAUGUGCCAAAAAUUACAGGCACUUUUUCAAUCUGGUUCUUUUUUUUUUUUUAACGAAUCUUUGUUUUAUACAAACGCGCACAUUUCUGUGAUUUUGAUUUGAGAUACGAGAUGUGUGACGCAAAUUAGACACAGGUGUCUGUGAUUUUGGUGAGGUCAGGAAACCGUGUGAGAUCACUUCUUUGUGUGGUCUGUUCGCUUGUGCAUGCUUGAAUCUAAAUGGUCUGUGCGCCCAAAGCCAAUUACUGCACACUGCUAGUGUAACUAUUUCGGAACAUGUUAUAUUUAAACACAGGAAGUGGGGUGCCACACUGCAGUCUAGUGUCUACAAAGUUGGCAGUCAAAAGACAGAUUGCUCAUCUUUUGUGAUUUCUAACCAUCCAUAACUUCUCAAAAUUGCUGAAAAUUCUUGAGAUACAGUAUAUUUUACAGCAUAUUUUGUUUUAUUUAUUGGAAUUUAUUUAAUAAAUGUACAUUCCCAUGGAAA